AUGAUUGGAAAACAACGACGCGAUGUCGAGAACGGUGGUUCGUUGAUGAGGAAGGGAAGUAAGAGGAAGAAAAAAGGGCUCUUUAUCCUCCGCAGAAAAGGCGCAAAGUUGUGCAUCGGGUUCGUCCUCCUCUACUCGCUUUGGGUGAUUGGAGUGUACUCGAGGAUGAAGAUAAACAACGAUGCAAGAAUAAAGGACGAAGUGAAAAUGAUGAAAAGCACGAACGCGAAGAAGAAGUUCAUAAAGAACGAGUUACCGUCCUUCGAGGAGUUAUUCGGAAAGGAUGACGAUGAUGCAGACGUGAACGUGCUUGGAUUCGGCACAUUUUCGAGAAUAGAGAGGAAAGCUUUAACGUACGAGCGAAGACGGAUAUACAACAGCGAAACGAAAAUCAUGCGACAAGACGAGAUGAAAACGAGAAAUACGAACACGGGGAAGUGGAAAAUGUUAUCGAAACCGAGAGAGUUGAACUCGACGGAAAUGAGAGGAUACGUAAAUCACAUCGAGAGCGAAGAGGCGAGGGCGAAAUCGGUGUUGAAAACGCUCCAAGCGAUGAAAUGCGAGAGCGAGAGAGAGUGCGAGAAAGUCGUCGAGGAGUUGGUGAUGAAAACCAUAGAUGGGUUUAAAAAGAGCGAGAAGUUGUUCGUAGAUCACGAGGUUGUUUCGUCGAUUAAUUUGAGCAACAGAGCGUUCGGGAGUCGGAACGCGGAGAAGGCGAUUUUAACGUUAAGCGGGGACAGAGAGCAAUUGCGGAUGUUAGGCCUCGACGAGGAGAAGAUGGAUAAGUUCCGAGGAAAAGGACGAAAAAGAGACGGUGGUGGUAAGAGGACGAAGGAGUGCGCGGUAGUCGGAAACGGGCCAAUCAGUGGAAAGGAUAGAAGAGAGGGAGAAGAGGACGUCGAGGAUGUUGAGGAGGGGGAUAACAACAACAACAAUUACGAUAUCAACAACAUCGGACAAACAAUCGACUCGCACGAUGUCGUCUUUAGGGUGAACCAAGGACCAGUGGGCGGUCGAUACGAAGAGAAAGUUGGUGCAAAAACUGAUUUUCGCGUGUUGAACAACGCGUGGGCGGAGAAAUACGGUCAAGAAAGCGCGCUCGGGGAGAAACUGAGAGAGGUGGUGGAGACGGAUGAAACGGUCAUCUCGACGAGAGCAAGCGCGGAGAGGUUUUAUGCACUCGCCAAACAGUUCCGCCGCCAUAAACGUGGCGUUGAAUUACAUCCGCCUUGGAUGGCGAGCGAUAGAGUCCAAUCCGACGUCCGAAAGCUUCUCGAAAAGGUUAGAGCGGUGAAGACUCGAAUCAUCGUCAUGCGCGAAAACGAAUCGCCGGAGGAAGUAGAGAGAGAACACGAGGACAAAAAGCACGUCAUCAUGCACGGAGGAACGACGCCAAGUACGGGGAUAUUAGCUAUCUUCCUCGCGCUCGCCUCUGGAUGCGAUAUCGUCGACCCGUACGGAUUCAGUUUCGGACGAGGUGGACGGUUUUCGGGCGGUAACAGCAUGAAGACGUACCAUUACUUCGCGGACAAGGAGAAGUAG